GUCGAGAGGAAAAUUCAUAACGAGUUUAUGCAUUACAGAGAGGUGAGUGCAAGCAUCAUACAUUACAUAUAAGCCAAAUGAAAUAUUAACUCAGGAGUAACAUUGCAGUUUGAUGUUUUUUUUCAGUAAAAUAAAAGAUUAUAAUUACUACAAACAAAAAGCUAAUUCUUGCAAUACGGUUUUCGUAUUUGAAAUAUAUAUUCAAACCGCUGACCUCUAUUUAUUUUAUCUUUCAGAAAUGAACCUCUCGAAGAGCGUCAGCAACAUGAUGAAGAACCUAUAUCAGAUUAUGACGAUUCUGAUGCAGACCCAAAUUAUGAGCCGUCAGUAUCCCCUAGAAGGAAAAAAAUGAAAUUUUCGGACUUUGAUGACCCUUUGAAAAAAGUCAACGAGAAUGUGAAUGCAAACUGCAGAAGACAAUUAUCGCAACAAGAAUGCCUUGUUGAGUUACUGUCUGUUUUCGGCAACGAAGCGCCACAUCAAUCGACAAUUUCCCGUCGGUAUGGAGAAUUCAAACGUGGACGGGUGAGUCUUAGCGACGAUCCCAGGGUGGGUGCACCAAAAACGGCAGUCACCCAGGAAAACGUCGAUGCUGUGCGCAAACUCAUCAUUGAAGAUAGACAUCAGAAAGCAGCCAGGGUUAAUUGGUGUCAAAAAACGCUUGACCGUUUCAAUCCCGGAAACUCAAAAAAUGUAUACAGCAUUGUUAGUAAGGAUGAAUCGUGGAUUUACUGUUAUGAACCAGAAAAUAAACGACAGUCGGCUGUUUGGGUGUUCCAACGUGAAGAAAAGCCAAUAAAAGCCAUCCGUUCUCGUUUUGUGUCAAAACCGGGUCAUAUUGCAACAAUUCCUCUUAACGAGCAAAGAACUGCUACUGCGGAAUGGUAUACCACCAUUUGUUUGCCAAAAGCAAUGCCCACAGCCCAAAAAAUAAGGCAGUAUUUAACGGAAGAAAACGUGGAAUUAUUGGACCAUCCUCCAUAUAGUCCCAAUCUAAGUCCUAACGAUCUCUUUACUUUCCCGAAAAUUAAAAACAGACUGCGUGGUCAAAGGUUCCAGUCACCAGAAGAAGCAGUUGACGCAUUCAAACAUGCCGUUUUGGAUCUGCCUGCAAACGAGUGGAGUAAGUGCUUCGAAAAUUGGUUCGAGCGCAUGCAGAUGUGUAUUAAUCUUCCUGGAGAAUACUUCUAA